UUUUUGUUGGCUCACCUUGACUCGCAAGUUUCGGCGGCAUUUGAAGUUGUUCUGUAGUCAUGUCGGUUAACGCUGCAAGCAUGCUUACCCUUGGGGGAGAGAGAACGAGUGGCGAAUCGGUUCGCAAACAAAACGUUCUCGCUGCUUGUUCGAUUGCUAACAUCGUUAAAACCAGCUUAGGUCCUGUCGGCCUUGAUAAAAUGCUGGUAGAUGACGUCGGAGAUGUAACAAUUACUAAUGAUGGAGCUACUAUCUUGAAGUUACUUGACGUUGAGCAUCCUGCAGCGAAAAUCCUUGUUCAGCUUGCUCAAUUACAAGAUGAAGAAGUUGGGGAUGGAACAACAUCUGUUGUUAUUUUGGCUGCUUCUCUACUCAAGAAUGCUGACGAAUUGAUUUCGCGUUUUGUUCAUCCUACCACAGUAAUCAAUGGUCUUCGAUUGGCAUGCCGUGAAGCUUGUAAGUACAUACAAGAACAUAUGGCGUAUGAUGUAAAUAAGUUGGGAAAGGCUGGAUUAAUUAAUGUGGCACGAACUGCUAUGUCAAGCAAACUUAUCAAUUUAGAUGCUGACAUGUUUUCACAAAUGGCUGUAGAUGCACUUAUGGCUGUUGAAGUGUCUGGAGGUUCUAAAGGCCCUGUUUAUCCUAUAAAAGCAAUUAACAUACUGAAAGCUCAUGGGCAAUCUAUGUCAGAGAGUGUAUUGAUAGAUGGUUAUGCUCUCAAUUGUACAAUUGCUAGUCAACAAAUGCCACGAAUGAUAAAAAAAGCGAAAAUUGCUUUUCUGGAUUUCAGUUUACAAAAAGUUAAAAUGAAAUUAGGAGUUCAAAUUGUGGUGAAAGAUCCUGCACAACUGGAAGCAAUUCGUCAACGUGAAGCUGAUAUUACAAAAGAACGUAUACAAAAAAUUCUCAAUGCUGGUGCUAAUGUCAUCUUAACCACUGGUGGAAUUGAUGAUUUAUGCUUAAAGUAUUUUGUUGAAGUAAAUGCUAUCGCUGUACGACGAUGUAAAAAAGUCGAUUUGAAAAAUAUGGCCAAAGCAACUGGAGGUCAGCUGAUUGUUAGUUUAGCCGAUAUGGAAGGGGAUGAAGUGUUCGAUGCAACAAAAUUAGGCAAUGCAGAAGAAGUAUGUCAAGAACGUAUAUGUGAUGAUGAAUUAAUUAUUUUAAGAGGUCCUAAAGUUCAUCCAUCUGCAAGUAUUAUUUUACGUGGGGCAAAUGAUUUUUAUGUUGAUGAAAUGGAACGAUCUAUGCAUGAUGCACUUUUGGUGGUUAAACGAGUUCUAGAAAGUAAACGUAUUGUACCUGGUGCUGGAGCUUGUGAAACAGCAAUAUCAAUCUAUUUAGAAAAUUAUGCACUCACUUUAAGUUCACGUGAACAAUUAGCUAUUGCAGAAUUUGCUAGAGCUAUGCUUUCUAUCCCUAAACAAUUAGCUGUAAAUGCUGGUGUCGAUUCAACUGAACUAGUUGCACGUUUACGUUCAUGUCAUAAUACAAGUCAAACAAAACAGGAUCAAGCCCAUUAUAAAUGGUGGGGAUUAGACUUAAAUAAUCAAUAUGUAGCUGAUUGUAAAGAAUUAGGUGUAUUUGAACCGCUUGUUUCAAAAAUUAAAAGUUUAAAAUUUGCCACUGAAGCUGCUAUCACUAUUCUACGUAUUGAUGAUUUAAUUAAAUUACGAGAAGAGAAACAACCUGAACAUGAUGGUGAUGAAUGUGGUUAUUAAUUGAUUGAAUUUGAAUGGCAUUAAUAUUUCUAUCUUGUUUGAAUGAAAAAGAAAUAUAUACAUGUUGUAUAAUUUG